AAGAUUUGGCUUCGUGUUCUGAUCGUCAACUAUCAAUAUUUUGCACGAAUUUUAGAUUUAGAAUAAAAUGAACACUUAGGGUUUUAUAAAAAUAAGAAAUAUUUCUACUCAAUAAAUCCUCAAGAAUCGAAAAUGAAUUGCUUUUUGCAUUAUCAUAACAACAGAAGUGCAAGAGAAAAAAUUGAUAAGUAAAACUAACCGUGAACUGCCCUAUCGUCAUAGAACAAAAGCCAUAGUUUGAUCAGUGGCAACAAAUUAAAUAGUUGAAAAAAUAAAAGUAGAAGCCUCUUUACCUAGGAAAUAAGUGAAGCAACGAACACUUUGAAAGGAACAACCAAACGGAAUGUGUCAAAAUUAUUCACUUAGGAGAUUUUGUGAGGAGUGGCGAAUUUGGAUUCGGCCUUUGCUUAUCGUGAGCUACGGGAUAUUUGCGAUAAUUGUGGUGCCAUUGCUCAUUAUCAACUCGUUAAAAGAUGGCUUUUCUCGAAGAGAUCAAUUGAUAUUAAUUGGUGGUUUAUUCGUUCUGUCCGCAGUUCCCGUUAGUAUUUGGCACAUUAUUCAGCAUGUAAUUCAUUUUACCAAACCGAUUUUGCAAAAACAUAUCAUACGUAUAUUAUGGAUGGUGCCUAUAUAUGCACUAAAUGCGUGGAUCGGAUUAUUCUUUCCUAAACAUUCUAUUUAUGUGGAUUCCUUACGCGAAUGCUAUGAAGCAUAUGUUAUUUAUAACUUUAUGGUUUAUUUGCUCAACUAUUUAAACUUGGGCAUGGAUUUGGAGGCAACAAUGGAAUACAAACCACAAGUGCAUCAUUUUUUUCCUUUAUGCUGCCUCCGCCCUUGGGUUAUGGGUCGAGAAUUUAUACAUAACUGCAAACAUGGAAUAUUACAAUAUACGGUCGUCCGUCCCAUAACAACGUUUAUUUCUGUAAUUUGUGAGCUGUGUGGCGUGUAUGGAGAAGGUACAUUUGCGGGAAACUUUGCUUUUCCUUACAUUGUGGUGAUCAAUAAUAUCUCACAGUUUGUAGCAAUGUAUUGCUUGGUUCUAUUUUAUAAAGCUAAUAAGGAAGAUCUGAAACCUAUGAAACCCCUACCAAAGUUCUUUUGUAUAAAGGCAGUUGUGUUCUUUUCUUUUUUCCAAGGAGUGCUUUUGAAUGUCUUAGUAUAUUAUAAAUUUAUUAAAGACAUAUUUGGAGCAACCGAUUUGGGUGAUGAUGCGAAUUUGGCGUCGUUGCUACAAAAUUUCCUCAUCUGCAUUGAAAUGUUUAUUGCUGCUGUGGCUCAUAUUUACAGUUUCCCACAUCAUCCAUUCCACAUCAAUUCGCCGCAGUAUUGGAAUAAUCCGAACCAUAAUUGGUGCCGUGCCUUCCUGUCCAUGAUUGAUAUCUCUGAUAUACAAGAAGAUGUUACGGAACAUCUCGGCGUUGUUAGCAGUUCGAUAAGCCGACGAUUUCAGGGGCGAACCAGCUAUCAGCCAUUGUCGCGUGGGACAAGGCGUUCCAGUAGCGAGUCUGAGUACUUAAUUAAUAAAAGGCUGGAUGGCGACGAUGCUGGAACGAGCCAAUUGUUAACUACCGCAAGCGAUGUUAAUGAUAACACAGCAGGUAGCCGUCCCACCACCUCCAAAGCUUCCAUAACAACAUCAGCCCACCAAACUCCCACGACGCAUUCGAAUUUUGGCGGUAUUAGUAUUCAAAAACGUGAGACCACCACCAGAGAUUUUCCCACACAUUAUGGGGCGCCUGCAGCGGGGGGCACAAGUUUUCUGCAGGCCCGUAAUGUGUCCGCCGCAAACGCACCCAGUCCCAUUCCAGAAUCCGCUGGUGACUUCUCUUCGUUCGUUGGCUCAUCAAGAUGACAACGUUAUGACAGCAGUAGCCAAAAUUGCAAUCCAUCCGCAAGUGAGUCGAUCUCCAUUGGACUUUCUAGUAGCCUAAAGUUAUCGACGGGUGGUAGUAACAGUAACGACAGCAACAACUCAUCUGAUUGGCUAAGCUCACCUGAUGCUGGACAGAAUAAAAUUACUGGGCAUGGUCCGAUACAGCAUCAACAAUAGAAACACUUGAACAAAACUAAACACGAAUGACGACGACAAUGACAAUGACGAAUACGACUACGACACAGCCGAUAUACUGCGACAUUAUGUGGAGCCUUUUGGCGCCUUUGCAACUUCUUUGCCCAGACAAAAUCAUUGUAUUGUAUUUUCUUUAUAUUUAUUUUGUGUAACCCUAUCAUUCUUUUUUUAUCAUAUGUUUCGCUAUCAAAAUCAAUUUUUGUAAAGCACCAAAGCACAUUUAAGCUGAACAUUUUGCCGUAUGAAUCUCACGUUAUAUUUUUGGGAUCCAUUUCUUUUUUGAAAAUACAUUAUGAAAGAUGAAAAACCAAUGAUAUGGUUGCAAGAUAUAUCCGUACUUUCUAAGUUAAUAUUUA